CCCAGUUUUCAGUAUCUGAGUUUAGCUCCGUGCAGAAAAUCCACAGACAAAGGUUUACAGUACCUGGGCUCUGGAACAGGAUGUCACAAGCUCAUCCGUUUGGACCUGAAGUUGCAUUCAGAUGUCAUCAGCUGACCUACCUGAAUCUACGUCACUGUGAAAAUGUUACUGAUGCUGGAAUUGAAGCUUUGGGAAAUAUGUCGUCACUGAUGUCCAUUGAUAUCUCUGCAACCAACAUCUCAGAUAUGGGGUUGAGAGCCCUUGGUUGCUGUGGAAAAAUAAAGCAACUUUCUCUAUCAGAAUGCAAAAAUGUCAGUGAUACUGGGAUUCAGGAGUUCUGCAAGGGCACAAAACACCUAGAAUAUUGUCACGUCUUCAAUUGCCCUCAGCUGACAGACGAAGCUGUGAAAUAUUUGGCAUUUUACUGUCACAGACUAGCAUCUGUCAGCAUGGCUUGUUGUCCAAAGAUGACUGACACCUAUAUACAAUACUUGGCCACAGCCUGCCUUUAUCUCCACUUCUUGGAUGUUUCGGGUUGCAUUAAUCACAAAGCACUGAAAUGUCUUUGGAAAGAGUGUAAGCAACUCCAGACUCUCAAGAUGCUGUACUGUAGAAAUAUUACCAAGCAAGCUGCCUUGAAAUAUACAGCCAAAUUGGAGAAAGAAGAAUAUAACCAUGCUGAUCCUCCUGCCUGGCUUGGGUAUGGCAGGGGUGGUAAACCUUCACCAAAAAACACAAGUCAGAGCCUGACUAAACAAACUCUUCAAAAUGAAAAAUGA